AUGGAUUCCCUCGUGAAAGCAGUGGAAGCUGCAGUUCCUGAUUUGUCAUACCUGCAAGCGUGUACGGAGCAAUUAACGACAAUUGCGGCCGCCUUCGAGAGAAGGCACGCUUCGUUGCUGGAGACGGGCGACGAAGUGCAGUGGGAGGAAGAAGAGAAGCGGUAUGAUGAGUUCGAGCAACGUCGCAUCGAGCUAACGGUAUUGCUGAAGCGGCGUGAAGCAGAGAUGUGUGUGUCUAACACGAAAGCGCUGGAGUAUGCGGUGCCUAAUGCGGAUGCGCAGGAUCCAAGAGUGUCGAACCCCAAAUCGAAAGUGCGUUUACCGGAAAUUCCGUUACCUAAUUUCGAUGGUGCGCUAGAAUCGUGGCCAACGUUUCGUGAUGCAUUUAAUAGCAUGAUUGAUGGGCAUCCUGGAUUAUCGGAUGUAAAUAAAUUAAUUUAUCUAAAACGAGUGGCUUCCAAAGAAGCAGCACAGGUGAUCGACGUAGUAGAAACUAAAAAAGUGUUAGUGCGGCGCUAUCUGGAUGAUCUUUUCGCCAUUUCUCCCUCAAAACGUGAAAGUUACGAAAGUUACACCAUUUUGCUAAACGGUUUCGAGCGAACGAUCAAAAUGGUGGAGAAGGUUGGUGUCUGUACGAAUGGAAUGGGAAACUCAUCAUCGAAGUAG